AUGGGCACAGGAGAUCGGUUGCUGGACAUACCGUGCAACGUGUGCGGUGACAGAAGCUCCGGCAAACAUUAUGGCAUCUACAGCUGCGACGGGUGUUCGGGUUUCUUCAAGCGGUCAAUACACAGAAACCGCGUGUACACGUGCAAGGCGGGUGGCGAGCUGAAGGGCCGCUGCCCCGUCGACAAGACGCACCGCAACCAGUGCCGCGCCUGCAGGCUCGCCAAGUGCUUUCAGGCGAAUAUGAACAAAGACGCCGUCCAGCACGAGCGAGGUCCACGAAAGCCGAAGCUGCACUCCGGCGGGCUGGGCACGCUCGCACCGCCACUCGCGCACACGCACGCGCACGCACAUAAGCCACACGCGCUAAAGCUGUCUCCGCCCUCGCCGUACGCGCCGCUGCCGCAACCCUUCAACUUUCAAUUUAGUCUGAGCGGCGUGAGCGAGCCUGCACCUCUGAGCGCGGCGUCGUCGGCAGGGUCCAGCGGCGCGGGCGGGGGCGGAGGUGCGGGGGCAACAAGCCCGCUGCCGCUGCUCGCCGAGCCUUUCCUUGCGCCACCGCCCGGCCUGCUGCAUAUGCUUAUGUCCUCGGAUAAAUGCCAAGAACUAAUGUGGAGCGCAAAGCAGUUGCAACUACAAGGAGACCCCACACUACUGCGGCCGCCGCCUAGUCCAUUUGGCGCACCGCUUGCGCCGACUUGGGAGCUUUUACAAGAAACAAGCGCACGUUUGCUGUUCAUGGCAGUACGGUGGGUGCGGUGCCUGGCACCGUUCCAAGCACUGGCGCCGGGCGACCAGCUAGUACUCCUGCGUGCUGCGUGGAAGGAGCUCUUCCUGCUGCACUUAGCACAGUGGGCGGCGCCCUGGGAUCUUGCCCCGCUACUCGCCGCGCCAGCCGCCAGGACUCGUCUUCCGCCAGACCCUCUCGCGGAUUUGGAACUAAAUACUUUACAGGAAAUUCUGUGUCGAUUUCGUCAAAUAGCGCCAGACGGCAGCGAGUGUGGCUGCAUGAAAGCUAUCGUUCUGUUUUCACCAGGUAAAACAGACACGCCCGGCUUGAGCGAGACACAGCCUGUGGAGAUGUUACAGGAUCAAGCACAAUGUAUACUGGCGGACUAUGUUCGUACGCGAUACACGCGACAACCAACGAGGUUCGGGCGACUGCUACUCCUGCUGCCGUCACUUCGUGCGGUGCGAGCGCGAUCUAUUGAGCUGCUGCUAUUCCGCGAGACUGUGGGAGAUGUGUCAGUAGCCACACUGCUGCACGACAUGUACCGCAUGCAGCCCGCCCCCGCCCCCGCGUUCCCCCCACCCACUAUCACCGAGCAUUGCGCCUCACCAUAA